UUGCGGCGCGGCCAUGGACGUCGGAAGCUUCCUGGAGGCUGGGCUGGAGGCGGAGCUGGCGGAGGGCGAGCCCGAAGCCAAGAAGCGGAGACGGCAAUGUGCGGAGUUCGCCGCCGUGGCCAGCUGCGACGCCGCCGUCGCGCAGUGCUACCUGGCCGAGAACGACUGGGAGAUGGAGAGGGCGCUGAACUCCUACUUCGAGCCCCCGGUGGAGGAGAGCAUCCUGAAAGGCUCCCCCGGGAGCCCCCCUAAGCCCGAGUCUGUUGACCUAACCGUUGAAGAAGAAACAGCUGAACCCAGUAGUUCUAAAGCCAGCUCGUCUGAAAAGACUCAGCAAGAAGAUGGCAGCACAUUCUCUGUCAUCACCUGGAAUAUUGAUGGAUUAGAUUUAAAAAAUCUGCAAGAGAGGGCUCGAGGUGUCUGUUCAUAUUUAGCUUUGUACAACCCAGAUGUGGUAUUUCUACAGGAAGUUAUUCCCCCAUAUUUUAGCUACCUAAAGAAGAGAGCAAAAAAUUAUGAAAUUAUUACAGGUAAUGAACAAGGAUAUUUCACAGCCAUAAUGUUGAAGAAAUCAAGAGUGAAAUUUAAAAGCCAAGAGAUUAUUCAUUUUCCAAAUACACAAAUGAUGAGAAAUCUUCUGUGCGUGCACGUGAGUAUUUUGGGGAAUGAACUUUGCCUUAUGACUUCCCAUUUGGAGAGCACCAGAGGGCAUGCACCAGAGCGAAUGAAUCAGUUUAAAAUAGUUUUAAAGAAAAUUCAGGAGGCACCAGAGGCAUCUGCAGUUAUAUUUGCAGGAGAUACAAAUUUAAGGGAUCAAGAGGUUGCCAAAUGUGGUGGUUUACCUGACAACAUUUUGGAUAUCUGGGAGUUUUUGGGCAAACCUAAGCAUUGUCAGUAUACAUGGGAUACACAAAUGAACGAUAAUCUUGGAAUUGCUGCUGCUUGUAAGCUCCGUUUUGAUCGAAUAUUUUUUAGAGCAGCCUCAGAAAGUGGCCAUGUUAUUCCCCAAAGCAUGGAUCUCUUAGGGUUGGAAAAACUAGAAUGUGGUCGAUUUCCGAGUGAUCACUGGGGUAUUCUGUGUAAUUUUGAUGUGAUCUUGUAAUAUGCUUUGUAGAUAAGAAUUGUAAAAUGUUCUGAGUUGUUUUAUACUGGAUUUUUACAAAUUUCUCUCCGAUUUGAAAAGGGGGUAUAAUAUGGAGGAAUAUUGGAUACUGGAUCAUAGUAACACAAAACUGCUGUGGUGUAAUUUUGAGGAUUGAUUAUAUCAGAGCUUUAGUACCAAAUAUUAAUGUUU